GGCGCGGCGCCGCUCCUCUCCUUUCCUCGCCUCUCAGCGGCGGCGCCUCCUCAGCGGGAGGCGGCGCGGGCGGCCGGGUGGGUUCGGGCCGGGCCGCGCCGCCCCGGGAGCACCAGAGCUGCGGUGAGGCAAGGGGAAGGGGGCGAGAUGGCGUCGUGCGUGGGGAGCCGGACCCUGAGUAAGGACGACGUGAACUACCGCCUGCACUUCCGUAUGAUCAACGAGCAGCAGGUGGAGGACAUCACGCUGGAGUUUUUCUACCGGCCGCACACCAUCACCCUUCUCAGCUUCACCAUCCUCAGCCUCAUGGCCUUCGCCUUCACCAGGGAUGAUUCUGUCCCAGAGGAUAACAUUUGGAGGGGUAUCCUCUCUGUGAUUUUCUUCUUUCUAAUCAUCAGUGUUCUAGCAUUUCCUAAUGGACCCUUUACACGUCCCCACCCUGCGCUAUGGAGAAUGGUUUUUGGUCUCAGUGUGCUCUAUUUUCUGUUCCUGGUGUUCGUGCUCUUCCUUAACUUUGAGCAGGUAAAAGCCGUGAUGUACUGGCUGGAUCCUAAUCUUCGAUAUGCCACAAGGGAAGCAGAUAUUAUGGAGUAUGCUGUGAACUGCCAUGUGAUCACCUGGGAGAGAAUCCUCAGCCACUUUGAUAUAUUUGCUUUUGGGCAUUUCUGGGGCUGGGCUAUGAAGGCUUUGCUGAUCCGUAGCUAUGGGCUGUGCUGGACUAUUAGCAUCACCUGGGAGCUCACUGAGCUCUUCUUCAUGCACCUUCUGCCUAAUUUUGCUGAAUGCUGGUGGGAUCAAGUCAUUUUGGACAUCCUGCUUUGUAACGGGGGUGGCAUCUGGUUGGGCAUGGUAGUUUGUCGUUUCUUGGAGAUGAGGACCUAUCACUGGGCAAGCUUCAAGGACAUUCACACAACUACAGGAAAAAUCAAAAGAGCUGUAUUACAGUUCACCCCUGCCAGCUGGACCUAUGUCCGCUGGUUUGACCCUAAGUCUUCAUUUCAAAGAGUGGCUGGAAUCUACCUUUUUAUGAUCAUUUGGCAGCUGACUGAGUUGAAUACAUUCUUUUUGAAACAUAUCUUUGUGUUCCAAGCAAGCCACCCUUUAAGCUGGGGGAGAAUCCUUUUCAUAGGAAUCAUUACAGCACCCACCGUAAGGCAAUACUAUGCAUACCUCACAGAUACACAGUGCAAAAGGGUGGGAACCCAGUGCUGGGUGUUUGGGGUUAUUGCUUUCCUUGAAGCUAUUGUGUGCAUAAAGUUUGGACAGGAUCUUUUUUCCAAAACACAAAUACUGUAUGUUGUGUUUUGGCUUCUCUGUGUGGCCUUUACAACUUUCCUGUGUUUAUAUGGUAUGGUUUGGUAUGCAGAAUACUAUGGCCACCGGGAAAAGACUUUAUCAGAAAGUGAAGACAGCCCAUACAGUCCAGAUGCUUCCUGGCUUCAUUCUAAAUUCAGCAGAGCAGGUGCUGACAAUAGUCCACCAAAACAUUCAGUCAAUAGUGAAAGCCAUUCAUCUAGAAGGAGGAAUCGGCACUCCAAAUCAAAAGUAACAAAUGGAAUCAGCAAGAAAUGAAUGGUCUCUGAAGGUAUCUACGGUGUGAUCAGAGGUGACAAAGAAAAUCAGACCCGGCUCUGAAUUUCCAAAUGGAAGAUUGAUUUUUUUAAAUUUAAAAGGUAAAAAAAGGAGGUUGAAGAUAAGGAUGACAAAGGUGGAACAGACAGUGUAGUGCAAAUCAUUGCCUGCUGACACUUGCCAUUCACUGAUUUAAAUAUAGUUUCUUCAGCAUGUGGCACCAAAAGCUAAUGAAGAGUAUGCUGGAAAGAAAAGUAAUUUUGUCAUAGCAGGUACACCCUGUUUUGUGUUCAGGUGUUGCAAGUGCGUUUUUAGUAUCUUAGUUGAGGACAUAAACACAAAGGCUAGUAAACUGAUAAUCAGUUGGCAUAGUUGGUUGGAUUCUUUGGUUUUGUUUUGUUUUGCUGUGUCUUUGUUGUUUUCUAGAAAAGUAUACAAUCCUUUGACUAAAAGCAACUCUGCCCUUCUUUAUCAGUCUCACAACUAAACUUUUCCAUGCAACAGUUAGUAAAUAUUUAACAUUUCCAUAGUUGUAUCCAUCUGCUUGCUUUUAUGUAAAGUCUUUUUAGACUUUACCUGGUGACAGGGUUUUACCAGUGAAGAAACGGGUCCAGGUUUCCUGUAAAGGAUGUGGAAACUGAUCUUCAAACAUGGUUUUUCUGUUCUGCUCUUGUCCUUCUGCUUGAUUGUUACACAUUUGAUUUCUUUAAGUUUUUAAAAUACUUAAAUGAAAACGUGUUGCAAAGUGGUGGGCCAUGCUUCUUGCCCUCAGACAGAUAUGUCAUUCAGGGUUUUUUCUUCCUUUACUGCAGUGUGUUUUGCAUCUUCAUGUCAUUUUUUUCACUUGUCACAUCCCUUCUAAUUUGCUUCAGCCUCAGCUGGAACCAGAAAUUCCAGUGUCUUCAGACUGAUGUCAGAAACUGCUUUGAAGGCUCUGAUGUCCUACUAAGCCUGGUGAUAAGGCAGUUUUUUUGCUGAAGCUGAGUUGUGUACCACUUCCAUAAACAUAAUUAUCUGUGAAGGCUUGCUGUAGUCUUUGGUGUUCAAGGGGAAGCGUGAUAUUACUGUGAUAUACCCCAUUGUUCUGGUAAUUCUUAUCAUGCAGUCAGAUACCCAACAUCAAAGUCAUUCUUGCAGGUUUUGUGGUAGGUUUUUUUGUGGGUUUUUUUUUGUUUUGUUUUUUGGUGUGUGUGUAUUUAUUUUUUAUUAAAUGUAUUAGUUCUGGCAUCUAGCAAAGUGGAUAAUUCUCCAGCAGUGAAUGUAAUGAUUAAGUCAAGAGGUAAACAAUCAAGAGCAAUCAGUUCCUGUAUUAAGUUAUCAAAAUGUUUUUGUGCCAAUUAGAUUUUGGAAUUCAUGGGGUUCAGAGGGGUAGAUAGCUUAAGCAAGGAUAAGUAAUACCCUUUAGUUUCUUAGUCUUCACAAGAAAAUGGGAUUUCCUUUGAAUAAUGUUACUGUGAUUUGCUACAGGCUAAGUACUAAAAAAAAAAAUAAUGCAGCAGAGACUUGAUAGAGUGUAUGAUACUGUAAAUAGAAAAAAGUAUCCUGUGUACUCCAUUAAUUCCUGUGUGCCACAGAUUAUCAAUUUUUUCAAUGCACUGAAGUGCUGCUGCUGAACUCCUCAGAGGCCCUUCAUUUCCCAUCUUUUCAAUCAAACCUGAAGUGUAGAACAUGGGAAGUAACAUAGAAGCUUUUACGUCAUCAUUGCUACAGUGACAUUAAAUGUUACAUGAGAAAAAGUGUUAGAAAGGCUUUCUUACAACUAUUUAGUUUUCAUUCAUUCUAGAACAAUUCCAUGUAUCGCCUCCUUCAUUCGUAAUGUACCACAUUUUGAUGAAUGUAUUUGUAGAUUUCUUUGGAUACUGAGACUUGUUACUUUUUUAUUUUAUUGGUUAAUAACUCAGUCUGUGUAAGACUAAAGAAUGGCAUUGUAAAUUUUCUAUUGAUUCAAUACCAAAGCAAGAGAUUGGAAGUCUAAUUGCUUAGAUAUUUUAAGUACUGUGGUUUUCAAAGAGGAGUCUGUUUUGUACUUGCAAGGUAUAUGCACACCAGCUAUAUAUACAAAGCUUACAUGUGUAAGCAGAUGCUGAAGUCCAAUAUCUACUUGCCUGUGGGGACGGGGACAAGGACACAUUUUGUAAAUGCAGACUUGGUGCUCACACUGCUGAACUGCACCCUAAAAAUAUUGGAAAGGUAAAUAAGAAGUGUCAUCUUGUUAGAAGCCGACUUCUGUAUACUGUUACAACAGUUUGGCCUUGAAGAAAUGUUGUUUGACAACACCUUUAAAAAUACUUCCCAUAAAGUCUUUUUACUACUUUGAUUUUUUUUGUGUGUGUAUUUGGUUGGGGUGUUUUUGUUUGGUUUUGUUGGGCAUUUUUGUUUGUUUGGUUUGGUUUUUACUACUUUAAAAGAGGCAUGGCUAGGGAGAGGGGAAACUUAAGUAAACUAUUCAAAUGCUGCUUGGAAAAUGGCACUUUGUGUCCUCUGUCAACAGUUCUGGCUGGAAUUCAUGUGUGUUCUCUCAAGUCCUCCACUGACUGACAAGUGUAUUUUCAGCCCCAUUGUUUUGGAUGUAAAGCUUUGUGCUGGCAGGCAUUGGAAGGUGCUUUUGAUCACUGCUGUAAAAUUAGUGAUCUCAAUACUGUUAUUUACUGUGUUAUUGCUGAUUUCUAUAUGUGUGUAACACCUACAAUGACAAAUCACUGAGCUGUUUAGCAACAAGCAUCUAUGUAUGAGUUUUGCUGCUUGAACAGUAUUUUGUAAGAGUCACGGAUGCACUGUCCUGUUUUUAACUACUUGUUCCGUCACAGCCUCUCAUUCCUGCUUUCCUGCUUCUGAUGUUCUUGCCUUUCUCUGUGCUCUAGUCCUCUCCCCUGCUGUUACGGAGAGAUCUGAAUUGGCCUUCCAGAGGCUGUCCAUCAGUGAUGUCAGUCAUUGAAGGGAGGCUAAUUCAGGGCAGCAUGGUGUAAGCGGAGGGUAGUGGCAAGAACUUUAAAUAGUGGAUUAAAUAAAAACAAAGUUUAAAAAUGCAGGUAUACAGCGAACCAGAACUAGCCUUGAGUACUAGAUUCCAGUAUUAAAGUUGCUGCAUAGAUCAUACACAGCAUCUGGCUAUAUAUUUGGAGUGUGAUUUCAACCAGUGCUUUUGUUACUCUUCUGUGAAGAUCAUCGUUUGGUGUUCCAGCAGUUAAAACUUCAAUAUUUUUUACUUUCUUUUCACAAAGGAUGCAGAUGUUACCUUGUAUUUAAUAGUUUUUGAAUAGAGUUGCUCUAUUGUAUUGAUUGCAAAGUAUUGUAUUUUGCAAUAACUCAGUAAAUCAACCCAUGUCACCAGUA